UCUUAGGUUGGCAAUCUCAGAAGGUGAGCCUCCGCAGUUUCAAGAUUUGAUUUUUGGCGAAAGAUCCUCGCAAAUUUUAGGGUUUUAGAGAUGGGCAAGGACGCCAAGGCCGGAGGAAAAGGCAAGGGAAAAGCCGCAGCCGGCGCCGGCGGCGACGAGGGCGGCGGCUCUAAGGGAAAAGGAAAGUCCGGCAAGGGCGGAGCUUCCGAUGGGCUCGGCACCUGCACGUAUGUGAAGGCAAGGCACAUACUUUGUGAGAAGCAGGGCAAGAUCAACGAAGCCUACAAGAAGUUGCAGGACGGCUGGCUCGGAAACGGCGAUAAGGUCCCUCCGGCGGAGUUCGCUAAGUUGGCCGCCGAGUACUCCGAGUGUCCUUCAGGGAAGAAAGGCGGCGACCUCGGGUGGUUCCCUCGCGGGAAGAUGGCCGGCCCUUUUCAAGAGGUGGCCUUCAGCACUCCGAUUGGGGCUACCAGCGGUGCUUUCAAGUCCACGCAUGGCUACCACAUUAUCUUGUGUGAAGGCAGAAAGAAUUAAAAGUACCGGGAUUUCUGAUGGAGCAAGUCUAAAAGUUUGGUCAUGAGAAAGGUAUAUGUACUAGUUAGAUAUUGCCUACUGGGAAAUUAUAACAUCCUAUGGUGUGUAUUUUUUUUUUGUUGGGGGACCAGUGCAACAUGUUUGAAUAAUAACAUUAUAUAUAUUUAUGCCACCAAACAUGAUCAGUUCA